CCGCCAAACAAGGCGUAUACGUAUUCUCUUUUGCGUUUCAGUAGUAAUUCCGCGUUUGUUUUCCAACUAGUAAUCCCGAUAAUCUACAAUGGCUGCUAGGAAAAUUCCCGAUUGGGUCUGUGCAGAACUUUUCGAAGAUGUUCUCAAGUCGAGUGUCGAGGGAUACUCAAAAGUCAGAAGUUUUAAAGCGGAAAGCGGAUCCGCAGCGGGGGAUAACUACGCCACUAUCAUGCUGCGAGUUAAUAUCGAAGUGGAGCUGCAAGAUGGCACCACCAAACAAGCGUCUUUUAUGGUCAAGUUGCCACAUCAGACUGAAGUGUAUAAGGAAAUGAUGAAGCACACCAACAUUUUCGAAAUCGAGCGAACUAUGUACAAUGAGGUCAUUCCCGAAAUGGAGGCACUUUACAAGGCGGCCGGUGUGGAGAUCACAUUUGGCGCCAAGAGCUACGAACUUCGGAAUGCCAAGAGCGAGUACAUAGCUCUCGAGGAUCUUUGCACUAAAGGGUUUAAGAAUGCCAAUCGAUUAGAGGGACUCGAUCAAGCGCAUACGGAAAGAGUCCUCCGGAAGUUGGCCCAGUGGCAUGCUGCAACCGCAGUGAGAGUGACCACAAAGGGGCAGUAUCCGGAAAUCGUUCUCAAGGGCUUCUUCAAGGAGGAAAACAAGCCGAUGAUGAACGAAAUGAUGAACGGGAUGGGUGAGAUAUUCCUGAAAUGCUGUGCCACUUAUGAAGGCAACGAGGCAUACAUAGACAAAAUCAAAGCCCUAAAGCCCGUGGUAAUUGACGAGAUGUUCAAGAUGGGCGAAGUUGAUCCCACGGAAUUUAAUGUGCUGAAUCACGGUGAUUCGUGGUCAAAUAACAUUAUGUUCCAGUACGAUGAUUUCGGAAAGGUUAACGAGGUGUAUAUGGUCGAUUAUCAGGUCUCGAAGUACGGUUCCGCGGCGCAGGAUCUGCUUUACUUCCUAAUAUCCUCCACGAAGCUAGAAGACAAGUUGAGCAAAUUCGACUACUAUGUUAAGGUGUACCAUGAUAAUCUUGUAGAGCAUCUGAAGAUUCUCAAAUACUCCAAGCCAUUGCCAAGUUUGCGUGGCAUUCACAAGAUGUUGCUUAGGUAUGGACUUUUUGCAUAUUCCGUGGCCACUGGUGUGAUGGCAGCCGUUCUCGUAGAUCCCACGGAUAGCGCCAGUUUCGAGAACUUUCUUGGCGACUCCGCUGAGGGUGUGGACUUCCAGAUGCAAAUGUACAACAACGCCCGCUACCGAAAACACAUCCAGGCCAUUCUGCCCUGGCUGCUCAAUCGGGGCGCCCUGGAUAUCAACUAGAAUGUUUAUCAUGAAUCAUGAUAAAUCUUUAAGACGAGCCGACAUUUCUGCACGAAAUGCAAAAAGUCGCUUUUCUGACUCAUGGGAGGUCCAUAACCCAAGUAUUGAACAAAAUAGACCAAUAAAAAUAUACCUUACCCUGAAGAAAAAA